GUACGCUGCAAACGGAAAGAAAAGUCGCGCAGGCUGAAAAAGCAGCAGCGAGGGUGAGGGGGGCGCAGUCGCAAAAAAGCAAAACCACCGCAGCAGCGAGGCUCCAGGCCACGGCGAAAGGUGGAGGCAGAGGAGAGGAAAAAGGAGACACAAAUUCGCCGCGCAGCUCCGGCUCCCGAGACCUUGCCCCCCCUCCCCGGCGUCCCGUCACAUGGGCCCCGCGUCGCCGGCGCCGUCCUUCCCGCCUCGCCGAGCGCCCCGGCGCCAGUAGUAGAUCGCCGCGGCCGCGCCGGGGAUGGCGCGGCUCGGGCGGGCGAGCUGCCGCUCCGGACGAGGGUUGUUAGAAGAUGCUCCAAGGGGACUUCUUUUAAACUUUUUGGUAGUUAUAUUGGCUCUGGAAUUCAUCAAUGAAAUCGAUUUGAUUACCCAAACAUCGGCUCUAAAAGUUGAUGCUCCUUCUAUAUCUCCGUCACAAGAUUGGAGACCAGUUCGUUCCAUGGUAUCCCAAGCCAAAGCCGGCAUAAGUAUCUCAACACAUCAGCAUAGACAAAAUAAGCUAUAUUCAUCACCAGUUGCUCUGUCAUCUGUGCACUCACCUAUGUCAGCUCUGAGCUAUAGCUCCAGCUCUGGUGCUUCUGAGCUCUCCUUUUAUUCCUCGGACCUAUCGGAUCUUUCUGUGCAGCAUAACAGGCGCUCAGCAGCAGAUGUUCCUGCUAAUGUAGAUGCUGCCCCUCCUGACGCAGCUUCGAAUACUAGUGCAGCUCCUUCUGGGUUAGUGCAGCCUCCGGUAUCUCCACACAAUGGUUGUUGUGCUUCCAACAUGGUACAAAGACGAGGGAGCCAAGACUGCCAUUGUGUUUACCCAGUAAGAGUUGAGCUCUUCCUUCGCAAUGUUUCCUUGAAUUCAAAUUGGAGCAACGAAUUUCUUGAGGAGCUUGCUGCGCAGCUCAAUUUGCGGGUUUCUCAGUUUGAGAUUGUAAAUUUCUAUGUUGUUGGAGCUUCUGGGCUAAACAUCACAAUGAACAUAGCUCCCCACACUGGAAAUAGCUUCCCAGCAGAUCAAGUUACCGCAAUGAAUUAUUCACUUAGUCUGCAUAAAGUUCAGAUCAAUCCAGUACUGGUUGGGGACUACAGUCUUCUUAAUUUGACGUGGUUCAGAUCAUUGGCUCCGGCACCCGCUCCAGGGUUCAUGAUAUCACCUAAGGCAUCUCCAUCUACAUCGUCUACGUUAAAAAGUCCAAGUGAAGACACCAGCAAUGGCACUGGCAGACACUCGAGCCUGAUUACUGUCAUCUGCAUAUGUAUUGGUGCUCUAAUAGGUGUCUUGGUGAUUGUUUUAUUUAUCUGCUUCUGCACAUUCAGGAAAGGAAAGAAGAAGGUGCCUCCUGUUGAAACACCCAAGCAAAGGACACCAGAUGCAGUGUCUGCAGUGGAAUCACUUCCUCGACCCACAAGUACAAGGUUCCUUGCAUACGAAGAACUUAAAGAAGCGACAAACAACUUUGAGGCUUCAAGUGUGCUUGGGGAAGGUGGUUUUGGCCGUGUCUUCAAAGGAAUACUAAGUGAUGGCACUGCUGUCGCCAUAAAGAAGCUUACUACUGGAGGGCACCAAGGAGAUAAGGAGUUUCUAGUUGAAGUGGAGAUGCUGAGCAGGUUGCACCACCGCAACCUUGUGAAACUCAUCGGUUACUAUAGCAAUCGUGAAUUGUCACAGAGCCUUCUUUGUUAUGAGCUUGUUCCUAAUGGAAGCCUAGAGGCCUGGCUUCACGGCUCAUUGGGUGCUAACUGCCCCUUGGAUUGGGAUACUAGAAUGAAAAUAGCUCUUGAUGCCGCCAGGGGAUUAGCAUACCUUCACGAGGAUUCACAGCCUUGUGUGAUCCACAGGGAUUUCAAAGCUUCUAAUAUAUUGCUCGAGAAUGAUUUUCAUGCUAAAGUGUCUGAUUUUGGUUUGGCCAAACAGGCGCCAGAAGGUCGCUUAAAUUAUCUUUCAACUCGUGUCAUGGGAACAUUUGGGUACGUAGCACCAGAGUAUGCAAUGACAGGGCACUUAAUUGUAAAAAGUGAUGUAUAUAGCUAUGGAGUUGUUCUACUUGAACUUCUAACUGGGAGGAGGCCUGUGGAUAUGUCACAAUCUUCUGGCCAGGAAAAUCUUGUGACAUGGACACGGCCAGUUCUUCGAGAUAAAGAUAGACUGCAAGAACUAGCUGAUCCCAGGCUUGGUGGACAGUAUCCGAAAGAUGAUUUUGUGAGAGUGUGCACAAUAGCAGCAGCCUGUGUCUCUCCCGAGGCAAACCAAAGGCCAACAAUGGGCGAGGUGGUGCAGUCACUUAAGAUGGUGCAACGAUCUGCGGAGUUCCAAGAAUCUAUACCGACACCUCCUGCUCGUCCUAAUAUCCGGCAGGCUAUGGCAACCUAUGAAUCUGACGGCACUUCUUCUAUGUUCUCAUCCGGACCCUUCUCAGGUCUCAGCCCCUUCGAGACUGAAAACAUAUCAAGGACAGCGAUUUUCUCAGAAGAUCUUCACGAAGGGGCUGGCGCUGCUGUUAACGCGAAACCGUACAGCCCCGCGGACUCGCUCCUGCUCAACUGCGGGUCGACGGCGGACGGCCUGGACGCGGACGGGCGCAAGUGGCUGGCGGACACCAACAACAACAUGUGGCUGGGCGACUCCGGCAAGUCGUCCAUCAUGGCCGCGGCGGACGAGCUGGACUCGUCGCUGCCUUCCACGAUCCCCUACAUGACGGCGCGCGUGUUCACCGUGGAAGCCGUGUACAACUUCACGGUGAACCCCAAGGACCGGCACUGGCUGCGCCUCCACUUCUACCCGUCCUCCUACAACGGGAUCUCCCCGGAAGACUUCCGCUUCUCCGUCAACACCUCCACGGGGCUCACCCUCCUCCACAACUUCAGCGUCUGGGUCACCACCAAGGCGCUAACCCAGGCCUACAUCGUCAAGGAGUUCUCCCUCCCCAAGACGCCCGCGGGCUUCAUCGCCGUCACCUUCACCCCGACGCCCAUGACCAACGUCACCUACGCCUACAUCAACGGCCUCGAGCUCAUCUCCAUGCCGGACAUCUUCGACGACCCGGCCACCAUGGUCGGGUUCGCCGACCAGACCGUUGACAUCGCGGGAUCCACCUUCCAGACCAUGUACCGGUUCAACGUCGGCGGGGGAUACAUCCCGCCGUCCAAUGACUCCGGCCUCGCGCGCUCCUGGUUCGACGACACGCCCUACGUGUUCGGCACGCUGCAGGGGGUCACCUACAACGCCGGGCCGCGGUUCCACGUCAAGUACCCCAGCGAGGCCGCCGAGUACGCGGCGCCCGUGGAGGUGUACACGGGCACGCGUUCCAUGGGGUCCGACCCGCGCGUGAACCAGAACUACAACCUCACAUGGACCAUGGAGGUGGACGGCAACUUCACCUACGUCGUCCGGCUCCAUUUCUGCGAGCUCCUGCUCAACCGCCCCAACCAGCGGGCCUUCGACAUCUACGUCAACAACAAGACGGCCCAGUCGGACGCGGACGUGAUCGAGAUGACGUCCGAGCGUGGGGUGCCGGUGUUCAAGGACUUCGCCGUGCACAUGGCGGACGAGCCAGGGGAGGAGUUCAUGUGGGUGGCGCUGCACCCGUCCGUGGCGCUCCGGCCACAGUUCUACGACGCCAUCCUCAGCGGGCUCGAGGUGUUCAAGCUCAACGACAGCAGGGGUAAUCUGGCCGCGCCUGACCCGGAGCCGUCCAAGAUGCUGGCCAAGGCGGAGCUGGGCGCCAUGAGCGACAAGGACAGGACCAAGUCCCAGAAGCAGGCCAACAUGGCCACGGUCAUGGGCGGGACCGCGGGCGGCGCCGCGGCCGUGGGGAUCGUGGCGGCCAUCUGCGUGGUGGUGUACCACAACAAGAGGAACCGGGAGCUGACGGGAAGCGAGUCGCACAACUCCGGGUGGCUGCCGCUGUACCACUCCCACACCAGCGGCAAGUCGUCGGGCCACAUCGCGGCCAACCUGGCGGGCAUGUGCCGGCACUUCUCCUUCGCGGAGAUCAAGGCGGCCACCAAGAACUUCAGCGAGUCGCUCAUGAUCGGCGUGGGCGGGUUCGGGAAGGUGUACAGUGGCGUGGUGGACGGGGACACCAAAGUGGCCAUCAAGCGGUCCAACCCUUCGUCGGAGCAAGGCGCGCUCGAGUUCCAGACGGAGAUCGAGAUGCUGUCCAAGCUGCGGCACCGGCACCUCGUCUCCCUCAUCGGAUUCUGCGAGGAGAACAACGAGAUGAUCCUCGUCUACGACUACAUGGAGCACGGCACGCUGCGGGAGCACCUGUACAACAAGGGCGGCGGGAAGCCCACCCUGUCGUGGCGGCACCGCCUCGACAUCUGCAUCGGCGCCGCCCGCGGCUUGCACUACCUCCACACGGGCGCCAAGUACACCAUCAUCCACCGGGACGUGAAGACCACCAACAUCCUGGUGGACGAGAACUGGGUGGCCAAGGUCUCGGACUUCGGCCUCUCCAAGUCCGGCCCCACCACCGGCAACCAGGCGCACGUCAGCACCAUGGUCAAGGGCAGCUUCGGGUACCUGGACCCGGAGUACUUCCGGCGGCAGCAGCUCACGGACAAGUCGGACGUAUACUCCUUCGGCGUGGUGCUGUUCGAGGUGCUCAUGGCGCGGCCGGCGCUGAACCCGGCGCUGCCGCGGGACCAGGUCAGCCUGGCCGACUACGCGCUCAGCUGCCAACGGAAGGGCACGCUCGCCGACGUCGUCGACCCCACCAUCAAGAACCAGAUCGCGCCCGAGUGUUUAAUCAAGUUCGCCGAGACGGCCGAGAAGUGCCUCGCCGACCAAGGCACGGACCGGCCCUCCAUGGGCGACGUGCUCUGGAACCUCGAGUUCGCGAUGCAGCUGCAGGACACGUUCGACGGCAGGAGCGGCCGGCCGCAGGGCCGCGACGACGACGGCAGUGGCCGUCCCGCCGUGCUCGAGCCCAGCAACAGCUACGGGAGCACCGCGAGCGUCACAACCAUCGGGACGUCAUCCACGUCCAGGGUGCACCAGGCGUGUGCCAUUGCGGAGGAGGACGACGAGAUGCUCACCGGCGCCGCCUUCUCGCAGAUAGUGCAACCCACUGGACGGUGACACGCGCCGAUCGAG